AUGCGACUGUGUGCGCUCCUGAGGUCUUCCCCAGCCGACUCUCUCCCUCCCACCAUCUCGGUCCCGGCUCCCCUCCUCGUCGCCAUCGUCGUCGUCCCCGACGUUCUCCAGCCUCUGUCAGACGGCUGCCACCUUCGUACUCCCCGUCUGCUCUCCGUUUGCCUCUCCGCGCCUGCGCGUCGUCCGCUGCCGCUCCGCCCUCUGAUAUCGCCAUCCCCCCCGGUCCUCAUGGCUGAUCGUCUUCCACAGCAGUACUCCGCCAACUUCCCCCCCGGCCUUAUUCCUCAACAGUCUAACGGUCUCCAGCAGCUUCCCCAACAGCUCCAGGUCGAUCCCCAGAUGGCUAACCAGUCUCUCACCGACCAGAACCGCAUCUGGUCCCACAUGCUUCAGCAGCAGAUGCGCCCACAGGCCGCUCAGAAUAACUUCCCCCCACCCUCCAUACAGCAGCAGCAACAACAACAACAACAACAACAGCCGGCAACCAACCCAUUCACGAACCACAACAUCGUCCGCCUCCAGGCGCAGAUGUCGCAGCAGAAACAACAACAACAUCAGCAGCAGCAGCAGCAGAUGUCGUUUGGCCUCCCUCCACACGUCCCCACUUCCGCCCCCGACGCCCAGGCUCGCGCCAUGCGCCAGCAGUUCCCCAAUAUGUCUGGGGGUGCAGCGUUCCCCACCGCACUGCAAAUGCAGACCCUCGCGUCGCGCAAUCCCCAGAUGCUCCAGCAGAUGCUGCAGAACCAACACGCGAUGCAGAAUCAGGCGCUGCAGAAUCAGGGUAACCGACAGUUGGAGCUUAUGGGCCUCGCGCACAACCAACAACCACAGAAUGGCAACCCCGCUGCCAUGGCGGCCUUGCGACAAAUGCAGCAACAGGCACAGCAACACCAGCAGGCGCAACAACACCAGUUGCAGCAACAACAACACCAGCAACAGGCGCAGCAACAGCAUCAGCAGCAUCAACAGGCGCAGCAACACCAGCAGCAGCAGUUACAGCAGCAAUUGCAGCAGCAGCAGCACCAACUACACCAGCAGUCCCAGCAAGUGUCCCAGCAGCAACAUCAGCCCAGUAUGGGCGCGCAGCUCGGCCAGAUGCAGAACCAGGUGCAGCAGAACCCGACUUUCUUCUCUACCUCCGCCAUGCAGCCCAUCCCGGAUGCAGCUCGGGGGCCCUCUGCACAGCCGAACUUGCAGCAGCAGUCUGGCGCACUCGCUCCUUCGCCUUCCGGCAUGCCGCAGCAGCAACAAGGCCCAAGACGCCCGUUUUCGUUCAUGGAGCUUAGGACCCGCGCAGCCGCGCUCAAUAACACAAUUCGUGAGCUGGAACGGCAGAGACUGAAUACUCACAAUCAGAAUUUGACUAUGCCGGACGCGGCGCUCGAGGUCGAGAUCGGGAAGAUCAACGAGGAGCUCCAGCGGAGGAGAGAUCUUCUGGAAAAGCUGAGUACUGCCAUGCAACAAAUGACCAAUGCACACUCUGCCGCCCUCGCUGCAAAUCAGAGUGCACUCCGCACGUCGCCUGUCCAGUCACAACAGCACCCUGCUGCUACCCAGAACGACCAGGGUCACCCUCAACAAGGUUGGCCGUUGCAGACAGGUGCCUCGCAGACGCCUAUGUUUCCCUUUCAGCAAUCCGCCGCGCAGAUUAUGCAAUCAGGCCCGUCGCAAGCAUCGAAGGUACCACAGAUGCCGCCACAAGGGGAGCAGAUGAACCAGUUCUCUCCGAACUCGAUUUCCAUGCAGUUCCAGCCAGGCGCUGGUCAAUCGUCUCCAAACGUGAUGUCGACGCCGUUCCCGGGUCAUGUGCCUGCCCAGGCGACGCCACCACCACCGCCGCAACAACAGCAGCAGCAUGCCCCAUUGCGUGUGCCGAUCCCGCCUUUGUCUGCAGAGGUAUUCAAUUCAGCGUACAAGACGUUUUGCACGAAGAACAAUGUUGUGCAUGAUCCGGCGCUUAUGUCGCACGAUGGUCGUCCGAUUGACCUGUACGCGCUUCACGUCGAGGUAAUGAACGCGGGCUUCUAUAACCGGGUGGCUCAGAAUGACCAGUGGCCCGUGAUAGGUGCCAAGCUGGGCUUCGUACAAUUUCCUGCAAGUAACAGUGAGCCGGCCAAGUCUGGCCCGGGCGUGGCGCAACAUCUGGAGCACGUAUACAAGCAAUAUCUCCAUGCUUUUGAUUCAACAUAUCUACGUUCUUGGCUUGCCAAACGGAGCCAGCAGCAGCAACAUGACGUGCAGCAGGCCGUGGAGCAAGCGCGCAUGCACCAGAAGCUCAUUCCUGUUCAAGGUACUGUUAUGAGUGGACGCCCUCCCCAAGUUCCCCACGCAUUGCCUAGCCAAAAUGGACAGGACGCUAAUGGAGUCCCGGGUUUGGCUGGCGCAUCGGACCUGCAGCUCAACGAAAUUCUGCAGUACGCAACGGUACCGACUCCAGAACUGCGGCGGCGGAACGUCCCCGCUCACAUUAUCAACUUAGUGGAAGCAAACCGUCCGCUCCUCUUACGGUCCUUGUCGCAGCGCGAGUUACGCGGUGGGGUCGCUAAGAAUGCUCAGUCUACCCAACAGCAGCGCCCCAUGCCCUCGCCAUAUAUGGCGCAGAUAAAACAGCAAGGUGCUGUCGUGAAUCCCGCCAUGGCCCUGCGGAGCGGACAGUCUCAGCUUCAGCAGAACUCAUCUGGAUCUGCGGGCCCAGCGGUGACUGUCGCCUCGGUGGCAGCCACAGUACCAUUCCGACAUCGUACGCAGCCUGUCACAGAAGAGGAGUUGCAGAAUAACUUGGAGUUGAUCAAUUCGGUCAAACGGCAUUAUUCAAGUUGCGUGCUCAAGAUGACGCCUCGUCCUAUACCUGAUGAUCAGAAGGUCCAAUUCAAUGCGGCAUUCGAGGAACUGUGUCGCUGUGCUAUCGAGACGGACUCCAAGCUGCGUCUUUAUCUUUGUUACAUCAACCAGGAAGCCGUUCGGAAGUUGAUCGCAAUCAUUAUGACUGCUCAGCACCAGAGGAAACUCCUCGCUUCAUCGCAGUGUAUAAUGGACAUCCAGCAAAUGCGACAAAUGAGCAUUCAGAUGCAAGGCACGAGUGAAGCUUAUGCGCAACAUACACUAUCAUCGGCGUCCAACACCUCUCCUUCCCACUCGGCUGCGCCUGUGCCAUCACCUCCAUCGUUUCCUCUACCUUCCUCGCAUACUACGAUCGCUCCUCCCCAGUCGUCGCAGCAGGGUCUACAGUCUCAUCCGCCUCCCCAAUUUACAUCACAACAGAUGUCACAUCCGAUACAGCCUCCAUUGCAGCCACCCCAGUACUCUCAACCCGUGCCGCCGCGGUUGUCUCCCUCAUCCCAGCCGAUGGCGCCUACUCCGUCACCACGACUCGCAGCUACCGUCUCGGCUCGUUCUCCUUCCGCGCAGCAGACGAAGAAGAAGGUACAGCAGCCAUUACCAGCCACGCAGAUUGAUCUCACUGUGUCAGCAACACCGCCCGCAUCUGCAUCCACGCCAGUCGCAAGCGCAUCGACACCUAUCCAUGUGGGCAGCUCUCCUCAGACACCGAAGUCUCCGAAAGCGAAGGCGAACAAGCAGAAGCAGUCUACAAAGCGUAGUAGGGCCGCACCCAAAACUGCUUCGGCUGGGGAACAGCGGCCGGCGACGCCAGCUGCAGCUUCGGCUGCGGAGAUCGCGGUCAAGCGACCACGCGAGGAGGAGCAGCCCUCGAGUAGUCCUGCUGCUGCGCUAGAGCCUCCGUCGAAGAGAAUUAAGACGGAGUGGGAGGAUCCACCGAGUGAAGCUUUGGUCAAGAAACAAGAAGCAGUGGAAUUGAUCAAGACCGACGAGGACGCGGCGAAGUUCCUCGAGAAGAUGACGGACCUGUUGAAGAGAGCGUCUUCAGACGAGGAUCAAGGCGUGCUGUCAUCCCAAAUCUCUUCCACUUUGGACCAGAUCUUGAAACCGUACGAGGCACCUCUUGAUUUCUCUGAUUCAGCAGGACUUUCGUCUCUGUCGGCGUCCGGAGGAUCGGAUAGCCUCGGAUUCGGUCGCUUUUCGCCAUCUCCGGGCAUGGCCGCAGCUGACGGUCUGGAGUUCUUUGACUUCACUUCGUACGGGCUCGAAGAUGACACUGAGUCGAAGCCGGAAACGCCAGAUCUUGUGCCGGCAUCAUCGACGAAUCCUAGUCCAGGGUCUGCGUCGGAGGCGGAUGGUAUUGGCCAUAUCGCGUUGGGUGUGUCUGAUACGGUGAAGAUUGCAGACAUCAAGGAAGAGGAGGGGGUGGAUCUACUGCGAAUGGGGAUAUGGGGAGAAAUUGACGGAGGGGAAUCUGCUUACUACCAGGCCAUGGAUGGGUGGAAAUGGGAAGUGCCGAUGGCUACGUGCGAUCAGCCGUGGGCAAUCUCCACAGUGUAG